UGUAUAUGUAUAUGUACCAGUACUACCAGUAGUAUGAUAGGUGCUAGAGCCUAGAUGUAUAUAUGACAGCUAGCGGAUGCGAGAGUGAGUGAGAUUUGCCUGGCCUGAAUUGAAGUGCACUCCAAGGAACAUGGAUAUACUAGAUCUACCUUCCGUUCCAGAAAAGCUAGCUUCGAUUCUUCAAUUCACACACUGCACGUACCCUCCACAAACUAGCUAGCCGCCAUACGGUACCCUUUUGCAUCUUAAUUUCCAUGUUGAUCUUAGAUAUUCUUCGUUCCUAGCUACUUUGGUAUGCCACAAGCUAGCUAGCUGAGAGAUGGAUCGAUCGAUCGAUCACUGUACUUAAUUUCAGGCAUAUGUCUGUACUCUGUCGUCUGUAAUCAGAUUAAAACACUAACUAGUAGGUAUGGUAGGCACCUCUUUUCCUCCUAUCCGAUCGAGAUGAUACCAAUAUCAUAUGUGAUGUGAUGAUAUAGGUACGGCUAUAAGUAUGGCGCAACUACUGAUUAGGUCUACCUUGUUCUUUGCUUCUUUCCCUGCUGCUAGCUCUAUAUUUCAAGCAGCGUUUCAUCUUCCUCUGGCCCCUCCAGCUAGCCGGCCGGCCAGAUCUUUUAAUUUGCAUGCAUGCGUGUUGAUCGUCAUCGUCAUCGUCAUCGAUCGAUCAUCAGCUAGGCAGGCGCCUAGGCCUACAAGGUACUCCACUACGUAGCAAUGGAUGAGCAGCAUCAGGCACCAUGCGUACCCCCAGGGUUCAGGUUCCACCCGACGGAGGAGGAGCUGGUAGGGUACUACCUCGCCAGGAAGGUGGCCUCCCAGAAGAUCGACCUCGACAUCAUCCGCGAGGUGGAUCUCUACAGGAUCGAGCCAUGGGAUCUCCAAGAGAGGUGCAGCUACUACGGCGGCGGUAGUGCCGGAACCGGGGGGCAGGAGGAGGAGCCGACGGAGUAUUACCUCUUCAGCUACAAGGACCGCAAGUACCCCAGCAGCACGCGCACCAACCGCGCCACCGCCGCCGGCUUCUGGAAGGCCACCGGCAGGGACAAGCCCGUCCUCUCCUCCAGGUCGGUCGCCGUCAGUGUCAUCGGGAUGAGGAAGACGCUCGUCUUCUACCGCGGCCGCACGCCCAACAGCAGGAAGACCGACUGGAUCAUCCACGAGUACCGCCUCCAAUCCAACGAGCACGCGCCCGUGCAGGAGGAAGGGUGGGUGGUGUGCCGCGCGUUCCAGAAGCCGAUGCCCAGCCAACAGCAGAGACACAGCUGCUACGCCGGCAGCUAUCCCGCCGGCUACGCCAACAUGCCCAGCAGCUACUACUACGCCAACAUGAGCAGCACCGCAGCUGCACCACCGGCGCCGAACGAUCACAGCUUGGCCGAGUCCAAGCUGCAGGUGCAGUUCAUCUCCGACAUGCCGCCGCUCCAGAGCCCAGCCGGCGUCGACGGUGGCCAGAGCUAUGAUCAAGCCUCCGCGGCGGAGUCGUCGUCCGCCGUCGAUUGGAACCUGUUGAGCAGCCUGCUGCCGUCCACACAGCUCAAUUUCCAUCAGCAUCCGUCUUCUCCUUCUUGCUCUAAAAACAAUGACAUCUGAAUAUGUAUCUGAUCCAUCAGGAUUCAUGAUUCAUUAUAUGUAUUAACGAUGACUAGCUAUUUUGUAGAGUGUAUUGAUCAUUUCACUACCGAUCGAGAUUCGGAACUGAUUCAGCUAGCAUUAAUUUAGUUGAGAUCUUGAUUUCUACAUUAACUUGUAUUCACAAUAUCAAAACUAUCGAUUUCCCCCCUUGUUAUCGACUUGUUUCGAUCUGUACAGGAAAAAAAUGAUUUCCCGUUAUA